AUGGCAUUCCGACAUUUUCAACCUUUGGGUGUUAUGUUGACUGGGCCAAGAUGUGCUAGAACUGCUCGUGGGCGAAUGGCAGCUACUAGGAUAUCGACUACAAUUCAACCAUCAAUCUUCUUCAAUCGGUCAUUAACCACUUCUUCCUCUUUUCAAGGGAUAUUCAGUUCAUCUUCCUCUUCAAAAUCAGACUCCGCUUCUACACCGAAUUCACCACCUCAAAUUGAUGCAGAUACGCCAUUGACGCCAUUCCAGAGUCGGAUAGCAGCACUUGAAACCGCCGCUCAAUCAUCACCAGAAGACUUGACUGCUCAAUUAGCAUUAUUGAGAGAAUUAGCUUCAGGAGGUGAAUAUAGAGGUCUAGCUGCAUAUUACGAAACCAUGGCUUUAUCUGAUCCUUCACAAGAUGGAAGUGGUAGUGGAAGUGUUAGUCUGUUGAAAGAUGAUGAAAGCUGGCAAUUGUUUUUAGAUUCAUUAGCGAAAAAUGGUAGAUUAGGUGAAAUCGUUUCUAUGGUCAGAAGAAGAGAUGAUCUGAUCAAUAAAAUCGGUAACACUUCUAUUCCCAUAUCUUCUACAUCGUCAUCAUCAUCAACGCUGAGUAAUGGUUCUUCAACGUCAUCUGUACUAUCACAUUUAUCAAGUUCUAAUCCAAGUCCAACCUCAAUUUCUGCAUCCAAUAUAGCGUCAUCACCAUCCGGUUCUUCUCACUCAAGUUCAACAUCACCUUCACCAUUAUCAGCUUAUGUCACUGGCUCAUCUUCAUCUUUAUCUACAAGUCAGAAUGGACAAUCUGGAUCUGCGUUAAAUCCAUUAUACGUCCAAAUGGCUCCUCCUACUCCACAGGCAAACGCAUGGAAAGCAUUAAGGUGGUUAGGUGGUUUCUUACUUUGGGGUUUCAUAAUCUUAACUGUAAUGUCAAUGAUAAUGGAAAAUACCGGUUUAUUAAAAGCUGGACCUGGACCAGCAGAAUUUGAACCUGAGGAAGGAAAAGUCGUCAAGUUUAGUGAUGUCCAUGGUGUAGAAGAAGCUAAGAGUGAACUAGAAGAAAUCGUCGAAUUCCUUAAAAACCCAGAGAAAUUCUCAAAUUUGGGUGGUAAAUUACCUAAAGGUGUCCUCCUCACCGGUCCGCCAGGAACAGGUAAAACAAUGUUAGCUAGAGCUGUCGCUGGUGAAGCGGAAGUCCCAUUCUUGUUCGCUUCGGGAAGUAGUUUCGACGAGAUGUUUGUCGGUGUUGGAGCCAAGCGUGUCAGAGAGCUCUUCGCUGCUGCCCGAAAGAAGGCCCCUGCAAUCGUGUUCAUUGAUGAAUUGGAUGCAAUCGGUUCUAAACGAAGUGCGAAAGACCAACAUUAUAUGAAACAAACACUCAAUCAGCUGUUGGUCGAACUUGAUGGUUUUGAACAAUCCGAAGGUGUCAUCAUCAUCGCUGCUACCAACUUCCCUGAAUCAUUGGACAAAGCUUUGACCAGACCUGGUAGAUUCGAUAGACAUGUCACCGUUGGUUUGCCUGAUGUUCGUGGCCGAGUGGCAAUAUUGAAACAUCACAUGGGAGAAGUAUCUUUUGACGUCGACGUUGAUCCAUCGAUCAUUGCUAGAGGAUGUCCUGGAAUGAGCGGAGCAGAUUUACAAAAUCUGGUAAAUCAAGCUGCUGUUAAAGCUUCUCGUGAAGGCGCCAAGACAGUCGGACUGAAACAUUUCGAAUGGGCUAAAGACCGAAUUCUCAUGGGCGCAGAACGGAAAUCUCAUUUCGUAACUGAGGAAUCUAAACGUGCUACUGCAUAUCAUGAAGGUGGUCAUGCUUUGGUCGCUCUACAUACUCCCGGCGCAAUGCCUUUACACAAAGUAACAAUCAUGCCUCGUGGUCAAGCAUUAGGUAUAACCUUCCAACUUCCCGAAGCUGACAAAGACUCGUAUACGAAGAGAGAAUACAACGCAAUGAUAGAUGUUGCAUUAGGUGGAAGAGCAGCUGAAGAAAUGAUAUAUGGUGAAGAUGACGUAACAUCAGGAUGUUCGAGUGAUCUACAAAGAGCUACAGAUGUAGCAGCUAGAAUGAUUAGAAGCUACGGAUUCAGUGAGAAAGUCGGACUAGUGGCUCAUGGUGAUGAAGAAAGUGUCUACUUAUCGGGAAAGAAGAAAGACGAGAUCGAAUCUGAGAUAAGGAAUUUCUUGGACACUGGUAUGACCAGAACGAGGGAUUUGUUGAAGACUCGUGAGGAUGAAUUACAUAAGCUCGCAACAGCAUUGGUAGAGUACGAAACCCUUUCAUUAGAUGAAGUGAAACAGAUUCUCGCAGGCCAAAGGUUAAAUCGUCCGACAACGGAAGGUGAAAGUCUGAAAGGAAUAGCAGAGCAAGAAGGUAAAGGUGAAAUAGUAGAUGGUAUAUAA